AUGAUCCGACGUGUGCGAAUCUCAAUCGGCAGCUUAGCACGACCGUCGCUACUGCAUUUGCUGCUGUGUGUGCCAUUAACCUUGACAUUGUACGCGAUAGCGACAGAAUCGCUGAGUCUUAGGACGUUAAACCCAAUUCAGCGCGUUCUCAACGCGGCGGGUAUCGUUGCUCCGGUUCAAGACGACAAAGAUUCCAAACCCAAUUUGUACCCGGACACCGUAUUUGAGACGGAUUGGAGCCAGCGGAUCAGUGCGGAGGAGAUUCUCCAUGAGGCGGCAUUACAUCGAGGGUGUGUUGCACGUAAGGACAGUAUCAUUCCCUGGACAUUCGGACUACCGCGACAGAAUGAUAGCGAUGAAAUAGUGGAGCGAAAUGACCCACAACUACUCGAGAAGUUGCGUCGCUGUCCCGAUGUAGACGUGUUGGUUCCUGGAGGGAUCCGCUCGUACGGAUACUGUGAAGAUGCGGCUGCAUACACUAAGUUCUUAGAGUCCAGGAUGUUACCGCGCUGGGUAAUGGAAGUGAAAUUUCGGGACGAAGCGAGGAAUCGAUCGGUCGGAUACCACGACUUGUGUCCGCAUACACCUAUGCUCUUCUUUAAUCACUACUGGGAGGGACUAGUGGAUGCACUCGACUGGCCCGAGACGAAGCCACUGUAUUUGAUGCCCAACAUCGAAAUGUACGAACUGAAUCACAAACACUAUUGGCGAGCCGAUGUUAUUCUCUGCAAAACGGCAGUAUGCGCGAGGUAUUUGAAGAAGUGGUUCCGUCAGGAAGGGAAUCCUCGAAACACUCGCGUAAUCUACACGCGCCAUAUGACUUCGAAUCUUGCACUUAUGUUACAGACUCAAAGGAAUCUAACUGAGAAGGAUUUUUCAGACGUUAAGUUCUUGCAUACGGCAGGCACGAGUAUCCAGAAAGGGACUCGUCAAGUGCUCGAUUGUUGGCUAUCUCGAUCCGAUUUCCCGCCACUUGACAUCUACAUGGGUCAAGGUCUGUACAAUGGGGCAUUCAAGAACUAUCACCAUCGAGUUGGCAACAGCACAAAUGUCCGAGUGCACAUGGGUGGGUUGUCUCCGGAAGAAUUUGGACGAGUUAUUACUCAAGGGCGGUACUUCUUGUGUCCCAGUUACAUGGAAGGAUACGGUCACUAUAUUAAUCAAGCACGGUCCUCAAGAGCAUUUAUUUUCACGACGGACGUAGCACCGAUGAAUGAGCUGAUCACACCAUCGUCGGGUGCACUUAUCCGAGCAAGAACUGGAGCCUACGGCGAGCAAUUUCUCGGCGGUAAAUCCACUAAGGAGCAUGCGUUGCGUAAUGUUCCUGGACUUGCUGCAAGUUUUACUGGUGAUGAUAUUUGCAACGCAGUGCAGGGCGUCUUGGACAAUACGACAUCGGUAGAACGGGCCGGUCGAGCUGACAAAGCUCUGCAGCAAUAUUACUACGACACGGUCUUCUUUGCUCAGUCGAUGCAAGAAUUGAGGGGAUACGCGCGUGAACGAAGCCAUCCGGGACAUUUACGUCAUCGUGAUGGCAAGUUGAAGUCCUGA